AUAAUAUUAGAUGAUCAAGCAUUUACAGUACUUAAAAAUCCUAAAUUUCAAGAUAUGCUAAAAUAUUUACAACCUAAUAUUCAAAUACCAUUAGCUAAUACUAUUAAACAAGAUUUGAAUAAAAGUUAUAAAAAAUCUAAACAAGACAUUAAUCAAAACUUACAAUAUGAUUUUGAUAAUGAUUUAGAAAAUUUAAAAGAUAAAGAUCCAGAAAAAUUAAAUAAUAUUAUAUUUAAA